GGGGGCUGCCGGGAGCGGGACGGGAGCGCGCGCGGCUGGGUCCGCCGCCUCAGAGGAAAGCUUCUGCCAUGAGUAAACGUAAGCCAAAGGAGAGCAGUGGAGCAAAUGGAGAAUGCAUUUCAGAGGUGCAAAAAAUUUUACGUGAAAGGUUCUGUCACCAUUAUGUUACUGGAAGACUGUUUGGGGUGGAACGUCAGUACAGACAUCUGCUGGAGCUGCUGAAACGAACUACAGCGCAUGGAGAAAGUAAUUCUGCCCUUAUUAUUGGACCCCGAGGAUCAGGAAAGACUGCGUUAUUAAAUCAUGUCUUAAAAGAGCUCAAGGAAAUGAAACAAGUUAGAGAGAACCUCUUGGAAGUUCAUCUGAAUGGGCUUCUGCAGACUGAUGAUAAAGUGGCCCUGAAGGAGAUCACCAGGCAGUUGCGUCUGGAAAAUGUAGUUGGGGAUAAAGUUUUUGGCAGUUUUGCUGAAAAUCUUGUGUUCCUUCUUGAAGCUUUAAGGAAAGGAGAUCGAACUAGCAGUUGUCCAGUCCUGUUUAUACUGGAUGAAUUUGACUUGUUUGUUCACCACAAGAAUCAGACCCUGCUCUAUAACCUGUUUGAUGUGUCCCAGUCAGCGCAGACCCCGGUAACGGUUAUCGGACUUACGUGUAGACAGGAUAUCCUGGAGCUCUUGGAGAAGAGAGUAAAAUCAAGGUUUUCACACCGACAGAUAUAUUUGAUGAAUUCCUUUGAUUUUAAACAAUACAUCAGGAUAUUCAAGGAGCAGCUUUCUCUUCCUGCGGGAUUUUCUGAUGAGUAUUUUGCACAAACAUGGAAUAAUAAUGUUCAGCAUCUCUCAGAGGAUAAAACAGUGAAAAACAUCCUGCAGGAUCUUUUCCACUACACCAAAGACCUGCGCUCCCUCCAUUUGCUGUUGAUGCUUGCUGUAAGUAACGUUACCGUGCAUCACCCGCUCAUCACUGCCGCAGACCUUCAAGAAGUGAACAAGCAGAUCAGAAUGGACUCAAAAGCAAACAUCGUGCACGGUUUGUCUGUCCUGGAAAUCUGCCUAAUUAUAGCUAUGAAACACUUAAACGAUGUCUAUGAAGGAGAACCGUUUAACUUCCAGAUGGUUUACAAUGAAUUCCAGAAGUUCAUACAAAGGAAGGCACAUUGUAUGAACAACUUCGAGAAGCCGGUCGUCAUGAAGGCAUUUGAACACUUGAUCCAGCUGGAAUUGGUGAAGCCGCUGGAGAGACCGUCGGUUCGCAUGCAGAAGGAGUACCUCCUCAUGAAGCUGCUUCUGGACAACAACCAGAUCAUGGACGCUUUGCAGGUGUAUCCCAACUGCCCCACAGACGUCAAGCAGUGGGCCACCUCCUCCCUCAGCUGGCUCUGAACUUCCCUGGAGCUUGGAGUAGCACUUUUUCUACACCCAAACGUGGUGCCUCCCCCACGGCGGGGGGUGCAGAGUAAUAAAUUUUUGCAAGAAGUUUAAA